AUUAAACAAUCAUAUAAAGAAAGAAAAAGAUGACUUUAACCUAUGUUAUUACAGGUGCUUCACGGGGACUUGGACUUGAAUUUGUAAAACAAGUGUCUUUGCAAGGUCAUCUUGUGUUUGCUUUAGCUCGUCACCCUGAAUCUUCUGAACCUCUUCAGGCCUUACUGAAAGAUCGUGAAAAUGUCAUUGCUGUCAAAAUGGAUACGACUUGUGAAAAUUCAAUCAAGGAAGCUGUAGAAAAAGUAAGUCAAAGAUGUGCUGGAGCCAUCGAUAUUUUAAUCAAUAACGCUGGUAUCAAUGGUCCCAAAACUUUCAAUGUUGAAAACACUCCAAAGAAAGAAUAUGUGCGAAUUUUCGAAACCAACGUAGGUGGUGUUUCGGAUGUGACACAAGCAUUUUUACCUUUACUGCGACAAGGAACAACGAAAAAGAUUUUGAAUAUUUCCUCUAUUUUGGGUUCCAUCACAAAUAUUGCGACUGCCAAUCCGGGUGGACAUGGAUCUGCUUAUGAUGUGAGUAAGACAGCAUUAAAUAUGUUGACAAAAUUGUUUGCCAAUCAUUUGGCCAAGGAAAAUUUUAUUGUGUAUUCGACACAUCCCGGUUGGGUCAAGACCGAUAUGGGUGGAGAGAGUGCGCCAGUGGAACAAGCGGAUUCUAUUGCUGGUAUGUUAAAGGUGUUGGAUACCAUUCAACCACAGGAUAAUGGUAGUUUUUACAAUUAUACUGGUUCAAAACUUGAAUGGUGAAAAAUAUAAAGUCAUUUCUACUCAAAUAUUUAAAAAUAAAAAUUGGGUCGAGUUCGUC